AUGUCAUCAUAUACACUUUCAGAAGUAGAAGAAAGAUUAUUAUGUCGUGGUUGGGCUUUUUGUAUAGAGAAUAAGAUUAAGAAUUUCUUGGAUUUUGAAACAGAUUUAGAACUAAAUGCUAUGAAAUUACAGUCUCAUUGUCAUGAUUCAGUUUUUCGUCUAGUUUGUCGUCAGACACAGAAUGCUUCGCAACAACUCAUGAGAACAUCUAAACAUAAAAAAAUAAAUAAUCUAUCAGAUGAAGAAUUAGCCGCAUUAAAAUCAUUAAAAUUGAAUAAUAAUAUAGUCAUAUGUAAGGCAGAUAAAGGUAACAGCAUAGUCAUAUUAGAUCGAGAAGUAUACAUGAAAAAAGCAGAAGAUAUUUUAAAAGGAGAACAAUUUGAGCAAUUAAAUAGUGAUACGUUUCAUCUUGAACGAGAAGAAGAAUUAAAUAAAUAUAUUUUAUCAUUGUAUAAUGAUAAUGUAAUAGAUAGUAAACUUCGUCAUCAAUUAAAAUCAACAUGUUCCUCUAUUUCAGUCUUUUAUGGACUUUCUAAAACGCAUGAAACAGGAUAUCCUCUACGACCAAUAAUAUCAACUAUAGGAAGUUAUCAAUAUCAACUAUCGAAAUACUUAGCUAAAGCUAUUAGAGAUGCUCGUUCACAGGCUCCAUUAUAUAUCAAAGAUUCAUUUGAGUUCGUAAAAAAGAUCAAAGAAAUAGUACUCGAGAAAUAUAAAACAUAUAUAAAAUGUAGUUUUGAUGUAGAAAGUCUAUAUUCGAAUGUACCAGUCAAUGAAGCAAUAGAAAUAACAUUAGAUUAUUUGUAUACACCUAGAAAAUUAAUAGAUGUACCUUUCAAUAGAGAUCAAACGAAAACUCUUUUAAAUUUAUCAAUAACAGACGCACCUUUCCAAUUCCAUAAUAAGAUAUAUAAACAGAUAGACGGAGUAGCUAUGGGUAAUCCCUUAGCACCUAUACUAGCCGAUUUAUGGAUGCAGAAAAUGGAAGAAAAACUAAAUAGAUUUCGUACGAAUAGACCCAUAGUCUGGUUAAGAUACGUAGAUGAUAUUUUUUGUUUAUUCACCAUCUCAGAAACAAAAAUUAAAGAUUUUCACUCACGCAUAAAUAAAUGGCACGAUAAUUUGAAAUUUACUCUUGAACCUGAGUCAAAUAAUUCCAUCUCAUUUCGGGAUGUUCGAGUAACUCAAGACGAAGAACAUAAACUAACAACAUCAUCGUAUCGUAAACCAACACAUACAGGGUUAUACAUGCUCUGGGACACAAUUAUUGCUGAUGUUACAACCAAUCUUGUUACAACUUUAAUAUUAGGUAGUGAUUGGAUCCAAGCAAACAAUGUUUAUAUACUUACACCAGAACAACGAAUUAUGAUCCGAAGUCGAGGUAAAGAAGUAUCAACUCCUUUUGUAAAACCACCUCUUUUAAAUUAUCCAGCUACUCUUAUUAAUCAUAUUACUCUUCCUCCUUUUUCAGGAAAAAUAGUAGAAGCAAAAGUCCAACCCAACAAUAUGACUAAUGUAUUACUUGAACCAAAUCCUCGAUUAAAAAAUGAAGCAUUAUUUACUGUAAAUGCAUUACUCAAUAUUGAAAAUAGAACAAUAAAAAUAAGUAUAAUUAAUGCAACCAAUCGACAACAAACGCUUUCCGAAGGAACCAAAUUAGGUAUAGUGACGCAAUUAUCUUCUACAAUUGGUGUUACCAUACCAUCAAAUUAUUUGAUAGAACGGAUUCUGGAAAGAAAAGCCUGUAAAGAGCUCAUUCCUGAAGGAAAAGGAGCGAACAAAUCAAAUAAAUUAAAUUGUAACAACAUACCAACUAUAGCAUCACAUGGAAAACAACAUCAAUGUCAAAUCAAUGUUAUCCUGAAGAAAUAA